UACAGAGUCUCGGGUAGCGAGUGGGCGAGAGAGAGGAGGAGACAGAGAACGAGGAAAGGCCUUUAGGACAUGGCUUCCUUAACCGCCAUAGCCUUCGCUCCGACCGCCGGGAGGGUGUUCUCCGCCACCGCGGCCAAGGGCGCCGGCGGGAGCAAGGAGGAGAAGGGGCUGCUGGACUGGAUCCUGGGGGGCCUCCAGAAGGAGGACCAGCUCCUGGAGACCGACCCCAUCCUCAAGAAAGUGGAGGGCAAGAACGGCGGCGGCAGCGGCAGCGGCAGCAAGAGCUCCGUGGCCGUGCCCCCGAAGAAGAAGGGUGGCUUCGGCGGCCUCUUCGCCAAGAACUGAAGGAUGUCGACGACGACACCCGACGACCGCUCGGCCUGGCCACUUGGAUUCCCGGUGAAAAUCGAUUCGCGAAUUUUUAUUCAGUGUAAUCAUCUCUGUACUAGAUUUACUUCCAAGUCCGUAUUAUUUACUUGCGCUCUGAAGCCUUUUAAGGGCUGUUUAAAUUCAUUCUGGAUAAGCCAAACCAGUUGAUUUCUUGCCAAAACUCGGGGAAGGAGAAAAGAAUCGAAGGGAAGUUUGCAUGA